AUGAAUCAAUCGACAUUAUUUAUCCUAUCUGCUGUUCUUAUACAAUUAACUUCCGCAUGUUUUAUUACAAAUUGUCCUAUUGGUGGCAAACGAAGUUUACUUCUUAACAAUAAUCAUCAUAAGCAUGAAUGUCCAAGUUGUGGAUUCAAUGGUCAAUGUUUUGGACCAUCGAUUUGUUGUACAAGUUUAAGUUGUCGUAUCGGACAUCCAUCUGACAUUCAUCAAUGUACAAGUGAAAAUCGUAGUCCUGUUCCAUGUACUAUCAAGAGUGCAGUUUGUUCAGCAGUACCUAAUGGUCGAUGUGCUGCUAAUGGAAUUUGCUGUGGCACAGAUUCAUGUCAAAUGGAUAAAAGUUGUUCAAUAUCAUCAAAUCAAGAUGACGAAUCACCAAGUCUAUCAACAUAA